GACACAACCCCACCUCCUCUCUCUCUCUAAAACGACAGACCGUACCACGUGAUCUUCUUUAUUCCACUGUUACUCUGCCUCACCAACCUCUCUCUCUCUUUCUCUCUCUGUUUUCACCAAACUCAGUUCUCAGUUCUCAGUUCUCAGUUCUCACUCACUCACUCUCUGUUUAAUCUUUUUCAAGGGAAAACCUUUUCCUUUUCCCGAGAAUCUCAAAUUUAAAGCUCAAACCUUUUCCAACUGUAAAGCAGUUUUUAAAGUUUUCAAUCUAUAAAUUAUAAUCACACUUUAAACUUUAAAAACUCUCACUUUAAAUAUGCGGAAUUUUGCUUAGCUCAAUUUUCAAAUUCAGAAACCCUAGCUUUUUUUCCAAAUGCACGGCUACAGUAGACUCGGCUCUUCGGCGAGGACUUCCUCCUCGUCGUCGCCGCCGUCGUCUCCGCGGUUCCGGCACGGCCGUAACAAGCUCUCCGGAGGCUGCGCCGGCGGCCGGAGCCCGAAGCAGACGAGCGCGGUGGAGAGAGUGGUGUACGUGUUCGUGUCGGCGGUGUUCCGGAGGCGAGGCGUGCUGCUUUUCGCGCCGGUACUGUACAUUUCGCUGAUGCUGCUGUACAUGGGGUCGGUGGGAUUUGAUGUGGUGAAUUUGAAGCACAGUGUGGUUGGAGUUGUUGUGCACAGGAGCAAGCAUCGGACGGCAAUGGCGCCCGGUUCGGUUUAUCGGAGCCCUCAGGUGUUUGAGAAGUUGUGGCCGUUAAUGGAGGCUGAGAGUAAUGGGAGUAGAGUCAAUGCGUUGAUGACGGCAUGGAAUUCAACUGGGCGUCAAGGUUGGAAGCCUUGUGUUGACAAGAGUAUUUCAACAACAGGUUUCUCAGAAUUGCCAAAGUCAAAUGGUUUCCUAAUUAUUGAAGCAAAUGGUGGGUUGAACCAACAGCGCUUAUCGAUAUGCGAUGCAGUUGCAGUGGCUGGAUUACUGAAUGCAACUCUUGUCAUUCCAAUUUUUCAUUUAAAUAGUGUUUGGCGAGAUUCCAGCAAGUUUGGGGACAUUUUUGAUGAAGAUUUCUUCAUAUAUGCACUCAAAAAUCAUGUUAAUGUGGUCAGAGAGCUCCCAGAAGAUAUACUUCAGCGGUUUGACAAUAAUAUAAGUAAGAUUGUGAAUUUGAGAGUAAAAGGUUGGUCAAGUCCAACCUACUAUCUUCAAAAGGUCCUACCGAAGCUGGUGCAAAUGGGGGCUGUACGCAUUGCACCCUUCUCAAAUAGGUUGGCCCAGGAAGUUCCUUCAAAUGUCCAAUGGCUUAGAUGCCUAGUCAAUUAUGAAGCACUAAGGUUUUCAGGACCUAUAAGAAGGCUUGCAGAGAACAUGGUUGAUCGGAUGGUUAAGAAUAGCUCCCAGAGUGGCGGUAAAUAUGUUUCAGUGCAUCUUCGUUUUGAGGAGGACAUGGUAGCAUUUUCGUGCUGUGAGUAUGAUGGUGGGGAGGAAGAGAAACAUGAAAUGGAUAUUGCACGUGAAAGAAGUUGGAGAGGAAAAUUCAGAAGAAGGGGUAGAGUAAUAAGGCCCGGUGCAAAUCGGGUAGAUGGAAAAUGCCCUUUAACUCCAUUGGAGGUUGGAAUGAUGCUUAGGGGCAUGGGUUUCGAUAAUAACACCUCAGUAUAUGUUGCAGCUGGAAAAAUCUAUAAAGCGGAAAAGUACGUGGCUCCGCUUAAACAGAUGUUUCCACGUUUAGAGACAAAAGAUACUUUAGCCACUCCUGAAGAACUUGCUCCAUUUAAGGGCCAUUCAUCUAGGUUGGCUGCUCUUGAUUAUACGGUGUGUCUUCACAGUGAAGUGUUUGUCACAACUCAGGGUGGAAAUUUCCCCCACUUCUUGAUGGGUCACAGGCGCUAUUUUUAUGGAGGACAUGCUAAGACAAUCAAACCUGAUAAGAGGAAACUAGCGUUAUUAUUUGAUAGGCCUGAUAUCAGGAAGAUCGCCAGUGUUUGGGUCGAAGAUUGGUGAUGGGUUUGGUGGAGAUCGGCGUGGGUCACGAAGAUCGGUGAUGGUUUUGUCACCCCCAGAAACGAACAAGACCAUGGGUUUGGCCAUGGCUGAGACGAGAGAGAGAAUCGAUCUGGAGGGUUAUGUGGUUUUUUUUUUUUUUUUUUUUUUUUUUUUUUUGCUGUGACCGGUGCUUAAAGGAAGAUCGCUAGUGUUUGGGUUUGGCGGAGAUCGGCGUGGGUCACGGAGAUCGGUGAUGGUUUUGUCACCCCCAGAAACGAACAAGACCAUGGGUUCGGCCAUGGCUGAGACGAGAGAGAGAAUCGAUUCGGCAGGUUCUGUGGGUUUUUUUUUUUUUUUGCUGUGACCGGUGCUUAAAGGAAGAUCGCCAAUGUUUGGGUCGGAGAUUGGUGAUGGGUUUGGUGGAGAUCAGCGUGGGUCGUGGAGAUCGGUGAUGGUUUUGUCACCCCCAGAAACCAACAAGACCAUGGGUUCGGCCAUGGUUGAGACGAGAGAGAGGAUUGAUCCGGCGGGAUCUGUGGUUUUUUUUUUUUUUUUUUUUUUGCUGUGAUCGGUGCCUAAAGGAAGAUCACCAGUGUUUGGGUUGGAGAUUGGUGAUGGGUUUGGUGGAGAUCGGCGUGGGUCAUAGAGAUCAAUGAUGGUUUUUUCACCCCCAGAAACCAACAAGACCAUGGAUUUGGCCAUGGCUGAGACAAGAGAGAGAAUCCAAGAUAGCAAAGAGAGGGAGUGAGACGGAUCUGGUUGUGGAGGGUUACAAAUCUUGUUGGCUUCUUCUAUUUGAUUAAAGGGUUUGUUCACUGUGACUUGAAGCUUCAGAAUAUCCUCAUGUUCAACAAUGGGAAAAUCAAAAUCGCCAAUUUUGGACUUGUAGAAAAAGAAGAGCAAAAACAAAGUAACGAAUUGCCGGCGGAAUCAAUUAAUCACAAUGAGUACGAAUCGUCGUCAGAUAUUUGGGCUUGUUGAGUUGUGGUUGUAGUGAGAAUAUUUUUAUUUUUAUAUUAUUUUAAUGUGUAGUAUGGUAAAAUAGAAUUUUGGGAUGUUGGGUGUGUUGUAAAAUGGUAUGGUAUAAUUGAUAAAAUAGUUUUUUGAAAUGGUAAAAUAGGAUAGUAACAUUUCCUGAUGCUAAUGCUCUAAUGAAUGUUAUCGGUCCUCAAAUAUCACUCCCCCCACCCCCCCC